CUCUAUGACACAGUUAGUUAGACUUCAAUGCUUAUAGGUGUCUAGCAACAUUUUGAUAUUAUUUUAAGUAGCAUCCGAUGAUUGAUACAAUAAAUCUGCUGCUGCUUUGAGUGGUCAGUUUCCUUAAAAAGAAAACCUUUAAAAAAAACUACACGAGGAUCAAAGGAAAAUGGACUUCACAUUACAUUAACAAGUGGAAAAGGCUAAACUGCAGAUCUGCUGCAAUGACUUCUUCAGCCACCCUUCCCUGCCUCACUGUGCCGCCUCACACUGCACAACAAAUUGCCACAGACAGCGAAGAGCACAGCGAGGAUGACCUACGUGAAUCAAGUCCUCAUCGUCUGCUCAAUCUGAAUAACAGUAACAACAAUGAAGAAAAGGAGAAGGCGGAGAAGGAGAAAGAAGAGGAAAAAGAGAAAGAAAAGGAGAAAGAGAAAGAAAAGGAAAAGGAAAAGGAGAAAGAGAAAGAAAAGGAAAAAGAGAAAGAAAAGGAAAAGGACAAAGAUAAGCCCAAAGAAUUGUUUGUGAUUAAUCCUGCUGGGAAUCUGUAUUACAACUGGCUGUUUGUCAUCACAAUACCAGUCAUGUACAACUGGACCAUGAUUAUUGCCAGGGCUUGCUUUGAGGAGCUGCAGCAUAACUACAUCAUUUACUGGAUGGUGUUGGACUACACCUCAGAUGUAAUCUACCUGGCUGAUAUGCUUUUCAGGACCAGAACAGGUUACCUCGAGCAAGGUCUGAUAGUGAAAGACGAGAAGCUGCUACGGGAACGCUACGUCAGCAGCUUCCAGUUUCGUCUCGAUGUGUUCUCCAUGCUGCCCACUGACAUCUUCUAUUUCGUCCUCGGCCUUGACUACCCAGAGAUCCGCCUCAACAAGCUGCUGAGAAUCGGCCGCAUGAUGGAGUUCUUCACGAGGACGGAGACUAAAACCAACUACCCUAACAUCUUCCGCAUCGGUAACUUGAUCAUGUACAUCCUUAUUAUCAUCCACUGGAAUGCCUGUUUCUACUUCUCCUUCUCCAAGUCUAUUGGUUUUGGGGCCGAUGACUGGGUUUACCCGGCUCUGGAUGAUCCUGAUGAACCUGACUUUGGGCUGCCCAUGAGGAAGUACUCGUUCAGCCUCUACUGGUCCACACUGACCCUGACCACCAUCGGCGAAACACCACCACCAGCCCUGGACUCUGAGUUUCUCUUCCAUGUGGUCGACUUCUUAGUCGGAGUCUUGAUCUUUGCCACAAUUGUAGGAAACAUUGCCACCAUGAUCUCCAACAUGAAUGCUGCCCAAGCCCAGUUUCAAGCCCGAAUCGACAACAUCAAGCAGUACAUGCAGGUUCGAAAAGUCAGCAAGGAACUUGAGUUGCGAGUCAUCACGUGGUUUGACUAUCUGUGGAAUAACGGAAAGGCGCAGGAUGAAAGAGAGGUGCUGAGGUAUCUUCCAGACAAGCUAAAGGCUGAAAUCGCCAUCCAGGUCCACAUGGAGACUCUAAAAAAGGUUCGUAUUUUUGCAGACUGUGAGGCAGGCCUGCUGAUCGAGCUGGUGCUCAAGCUGCGGCCUCAAGUCUUCAGCCCUGGAGACUACAUCUGCAAGAAGGGCGACAUUGGCCGUGAGAUGUAUAUUAUCAAAGAUGGAAAACUUGCAGUUGUUGCUGAUGAUGGUGUCACACAAUUUGUUGUGCUGGGAAGUGGCAGCUACUUUGGUGAGAUCAGUAUUCUCAACAUUAAAGGCAGCAAGGCAGGGAACAGGCGGACAGCAAACAUCCGUAGCAUUGGAUAUUCAGACCUCUUCUGCCUGUCCAAGGAUGACCUGAUGGAGUCACUGACAGAGUACCCGGAUGCUAAAGGCAUGCUAGAGGAAAAAGGCCGGCAGAUCCUGAUGAAAGAUGGUCUGAUAGAGUUGGACCCAUCUAAAAUCUUGCCUGAGGUACAGGAGCUGGAGGAGCAGGUCAACAGACUAUAUAAUACAAUGGAUCUGAUGCAGACCAAGCUGAAGAAGAUUCUGGGAAAUUACAAGAAUGCUGACAAGGCUCUGAGACACCGCAUCACGGAUCUGGAGCGCCUGACAGGAGAAGAGGUAGAGGAGGAGGAUGAAGAGGAAGAAGAGGUGAAAAAGGAUGGGGAGAAAAAGGAAGAGGAAAAGGUAGAAGAGGGGGAAGAAGAUGGGGAGAAAAAGGAAGACGAGGAAAAGGGUGAAGAAGAAAAGUCUGCGGAAGCAAAAGAUGAUGAAGGAAAGGGUGAAGAGGAAAAAGAAGAGGAAGAGAAAAAAUAAGCCUAAAGCUCCUGUAAAAUACCAAGCACUUUUCUGUGUAGCCACAAUAGAAUAUUUCCCACAAAGAUAUCUUUCUUACGGGAGUUGCUUCUUAAAUAAAUCACUCAUACUUAAAAACUGUAAAAGACAAAAAUAACAAACACUAGAGACGGACUGAAAUACCUACUGGAGCUUGUCUUCAGUUUCAAGUAUUGCCAUUGUGUAUAUAUUAUAAAAUUAAAGAUGGUAAUUCAGUGGACAGA